AUGGUGAAGGCCGAGGGGCUGACCCCCGAGCGCGGCGCCGGGGCUGAGCCGGGGCUCGUCGGGACGCCGACGCGGAAGAAAAGGAAGAAGAGAUUCCGGAAAAACAAAGCGCGAGAAGUGCGCGGGAGACCGGGGAGCGAGCCCGAGGCCGGGCUGCGCCCUCCGAAGGCGCCGGAGGACUUCUCCCAGAACUGGAGGGCGCUGCAGCAGGUGCUGAAACAGAAAUCACAGGCCCCAGAAAAGCUUCCUGUUCUCUCUCAGAUGGAUUCCAGAAAACAACCCCACAAUAUUCGACAGAACAGAAAAGCAGAGAGAGAUGAGAUGGGGGCAGAAAAAACAGACCAAGUGGGUGGUGUUCCUCCAGGAUCUCUGUCCAACGGGAAGAUGCCAGCACUGCCCACAAAGGCCACCGGAGCAGAGCACAAUAAGAAAGGAGCCAAGAAAAGGACAGAUGGUGACAUUUCUCAAAAACGAGGGGACAUCAAACAUAAGAAGCGGAAAGCAGAGGCCGUGACCCCAGCCCCGCCCACCGAACAAGACAUCUGGUUCGAUGAUGUUGACCCUGCGGAUAUCGAAGCGGCCAUAGGCCCAGAGGCAGCCAAGGUGGCGAGGAAGCAGCUGGGGGAGGGGGAGAGCCACGCGGCGCUGGCGGAGGAGCCGGCCUUCGGCGGCCUGACGAAAGCCUUAGCCCUGGACUGUGAGAUGGUGGGCGUGGGCCCCGCGGGGGAGGACAGCCUCGCCGCCCGCGUGUCCGUCGUGAACCAGUUCGGGAAGUGUGUCUAUGACAAGUACAUCAAGCCAGCCCAGCCCGUGACUGACUACAGGACGGCGGUCAGUGGGAUCCGGCCAGAGCACCUCCAGCAGGGAGAAAAAUUUGAAGUUGUUCAGAGGGAGGUGGCAGAGAUGCUGAAGGGCCGGAUCCUCGUGGGACACGCGCUGCAUAACGACCUGAAGGUACUUUUUCUUGAUCACCCAAAAAAGAAGAUUCGGGACACACAGAAAUACAAACCGUUCAAGAGCCAGGUGAAGAGCGGGAGGCCGUCUCUGAAGCUGCUGGCAGAGAAGGUCCUGGGGCUGCGGGUGCAGCAGGCAGAGCACUGCUCGAUUCAGGAUGCCCGGGCAGCCAUGAGACUGUACGUCACGGUGAAGAAGGAGUGGGAGCGCAUGGCCCAGGACAGGCGCCCCGACAGCGGCAUGCAGGGAGCCCACCGCCCCGUGGCAGCAUCUCCGCCCACAGGCACUCGUGACCACGUCACAGGACAGACUGGGUCUCCCCUGAAGCGACAGAAUUGUGGCCGCAAGGGAUGGGGCGUGCUGCCGAAAACCACCUCUUCCCUCUGAUUUGUCCCUCUAAGACCUGGUCCCGCCCCAGGGGAGUGGGCACACAAGCAGGGCGCUUGUCCUGGGCACAGCCGGCAGGUCGGUGGUGGGGACCCGUGUGGACAUGCUUGGCCGAGCCCCAGCAUCAGGACGUCGGGGGUGGGGGGGCGUUGGCUGUGCCGGCACCCUCCUGUCCCCGCCCAUGUGACAGCGUGCUCGCUGGGGUCACUGCCUGCCAGGGCAGGAAGCACCCAGUGCAGUGGGGCUCCAGGUCUUCCUCCCAGCAGGCCCCUCCCCUCCGCCACCGCGGGCUGUGCAAAGACCUCUGCUUGACCCAGGGGCCUAGCCCGUGUCUGCAGCCACAGCCUCACCGAGGAGCGCUCCAAGUCGCCUUUGGACUGGGGGACUUGGAUGGCGGUGUCCCUUCUCUCCCCACCCCCACCGCCUGCCAAGCUGAAGCCCGAGGUCCGAGCCCACGCUGUGGCCGUGUCGGGCUCCGCUGCCCAUGCGUGCGAUGAGCUGUCACUGACGCGGUGUCUCCUGUGCUGGGACUGGCGUGCUGAGCUCGGGCGCUCUGAGCUGGGAAAGGGGGUUCCCGCGGGGAGCGGCCAGGUGCCUGGAGCCCGAGCUUCCCUGCGCCUCCGCCAGUACAGAAGGGCCCAGUCCACUGAGCAGAAAUGGAUAUAAACAAGGUUUUUACUCGCGGACGUGGUGGGGCGUCUCCCUCGUUCAGAGCCGUCUGGAAGGGCCCCCGUGCCUGCUGCUGCCGGCGAGUCCAGCACCGGAUCACCCCUCCCCGUCCCUAAGCAAACGCUGUUUCA